AUGCCCGAGAACGAUCUGAUGCGUGACAAGUGCCUAAACUGGUGUGAGCAUGUGUCGCGGCCUCAUUGUGUCCUGAAGAACAUCCGCACCAUGUCCAUCGCCCUGGAGUCCAGGGCGAUGGACUACUUUUCAAGGCCAAGCAGAUUCAAACAGUGUUGGACAUACUACUCAAAUAGAGUGUUCGAUGAGACCCUGUCAUCACUCGAGACGCUGAACCUCUUCAUCAAUGAUGGUGAGGCCGAUAACUCAUUCGAUAAUAUAACUUGCAAGAUACUUGGACAGUGCACAAAGCUUCGAGAGUUCUGCGUGGUAGUGGCGACGUCGUCCUAUCCCCUCAACUACGUGUUUGACAAUCUCUUGGCUUACAACGAUGGCUUCAUCCCUAUCCUUGCGCCAACUAUUCGAUUCAUACUAAAGGACGACCUCCCCAACGUUUUGCUGCGAUCCGCUACAAGUAGACUGAUCAUGCGACACCAGGCUACAUUGAAGACACUCUACUUUAAUGAUAUAUCCAUAUCAAUCUCUACAGGUGACGAUCAUUCGAAUGCAUUGACAUUGAGAACCAACAAGAUGGUUGGUCCACAUUCAAUCAACAUGACUCAAGAUGACCUUCUGACUCCAGAUUCCACUAAAAUGAGAUCAUUAUUCAAUCACUCCAAUAAUGACGAUGAUGAUGAUGAUGACUAUUAUGAUUAUUAUGAUAGUGAUAAUAGUGAUCAGAGUAUAGAUAGCGAUUAUGAGCUUGACGAGCUUGGAAAGUCAUUCCAUCCAGUGAUCAAGUAUACCAAACCAAUACUUGAGGUCAAUUUGCCAACUAAAUUGAGCUGGCUAGAUCAGCACCUAAAGGAGAGAAAGAGGUUCUUCAAGUCCAAAAGAAGACUAUAUAUAUUUGAGUAA